CUGGAUGCAAACGAAUGAAACUCUAUUUAAACGUUCUGCAAAUUGGGUCUAUCAUUAUUCAGUGCUCACUUGCAAUUCGAGAUACACAAUCUUCAUUAUGGUUGCCAGGAAUACCACAAUCGUUUGCCUUGCUGUCGUUCUUUGCUUGGCUUGUGCAGUGCAAGCCGGUACUCCUCUUGUUGGAUAUGGAAGUAACACCUUUAACGAAAUCUUUUCCACUGGAUUCCAGAAUGGUCUAGGAGGCUAUGGAGCUGGCACCGUUGCCGGAGCCAUUGGCGCCUACGGUCAGUUCACUGGCAUUGGAACUGUCGGAAUUGGCCAAGCUCUUACAGCAGGAAAAGGUUACAACCCCACAGCUGGCGGUGGUUCCGGUGGCAGCGGAUUUGGCGGCUUUGGACCAGGACAGACUGGUAGCUACCAUUAAACUGAUGGGCGACAGUUUUCGGAAAUGACCACACAUUGCGAGUGCAAUUGACACACACUUUUGCCAUGUUUCACUUUCCCAUCACAGUGCAUCACUUGUUAGAACUACUUUUUUUUUAAAUCCCAGAUUUGUUUCUAUCUCAAGCUCUUGUGCUGGAUAUAGGGUUUGAACAGAUUUCAAAAUUACCGCGACUUUAGCCUGGAAUGCACUUUCAAAUUCAAUAUACUAGCCUAAUUUAAACAA